AUGAGGCUGGGACAUAGUUGCAUACUAAUUUAUCCCAUGUAUAUUUUACAGCUGCACUCCAAUUCUGACAAAGGUGAUGGGUCUGUCAAGUACAUCCUUACUGGAGAAGGUGCUGGGACUAUAUUUAUCAUUGACGAUACCACAGGUGACAUCCAUUCAACGAAAAGCCUAGACAGAGAGCAGAAGACUCACUAUGUGCUCCACGCUCAGGCUAUUGACAGACGAACAAACAAGCCACUUGAACCUGAAUCUGAAUUCAUCAUCAAAGUGCAAGACAUCAAUGAUAAUGCCCCCAAAUUCACAGAUGGACCAUACAUUGUUACUGUGCCUGAAAUGUCAGAUAUGGGUACCUCUGUUCUACAGGUGACAGCUACCGAUGCGGAUGACCCUACCUAUGGAAACAGUGCUCGGGUGGUUUACAGUAUCCUCCAAGGACAACCCUACUUCUCUGUAGAUCCUAAAACAGGAGUUAUUAGAACUGCCUUACAUAACAUGGACAGAGAAGCCAGAGAACACUACUCAGUGGUCAUUCAAGCCAAAGACAUGGCUGGACAAGUUGGUGGGCUUUCAGGAUCAACCACCGUGAAUAUCACCCUGACUGAUGUCAAUGACAACCCACCACGGUUUCCUCAGAACUCCAUCAUAAAUGGUGACGGUGUUGGGAUAUUCUCCAUCUCUACUGACAAAGAGACCAGAGAAGGGAUACUUUCCUUAAAGAAGCCACUGAACUAUGAGAAAAAGAAGUCGUAUACCCUCAACAUAGAAGGAGCCAAUACACAUCUUGAUUUUCGCUUUUCUCACUUGGGUCCUUUUAAAGAUGCUACCAUGCUGAAGAUCAUUGUUGGAGAUGUAGAUGAACCACCUCUAUUUUCAAUGCCUUUCUAUGUAAUGGAAGUCUAUGAAAAUGCCAAGAUCGGAACCAUCGUUGGCACAGUUUUGGCACAAGAUCCUGACAGUGCUAAUAGCUUAGUAAGAUACUUCAUUGACUACAAUGCUGAAGAUGACAGAUUUUUUAACAUUGAUGCCAAUACUGGAACCAUAAAGACUACAAAAGUUCUUGACCGAGAAGAAGCACCAUGGCACAACAUCACAAUUGCUGCUUCAGAAAAUGACAAUCCUGGUUUGCUGAGCCAUGUCACAGUGGGUAUUAGAGUUCUGGAUGUCAAUGACAAUCCACCCGAACUUGCCAGGGAAUACGAUAUUGUUGUCUGUGAAAAUUCUAAGCCUGGCCAGGUUAUUCACACCAUCAGUGCCACUGAUAAAGAUGAUUUUGCCAAUGGACCAAGGUUUAACUUCUUUCUUGAUGAACGCCUGUCUAUAAACCCAAACUUCACAUUGAAGGACAAUGAAGAUAACACAGCCAGCAUUGUGACAAGGCGGAGGAGAUUUAGUCGAAGUAUUCAGGAUGUGUAUUAUCUGCCCAUUAUGAUCUCUGAUGGUGGCAUCCCCUCUCUCAGCAGCAGCAGCACCCUCACCAUCAGGGUUUGUGCAUGCGAGAGAGAUGGGCGUGUGCGGACCUGCCAUGCAGAAGCCUUCCUAUCCUCAGCGGGUUUGAGUACAGGAGCCUUAAUCGCUAUUCUUCUCUGUGUUGUCAUUCUCCUCGCAAUCGUAGUACUUUUUAUCACCCUGAGGCGCAGCAAAAAAGAACCCCUGAUCAUUUCAGAGGGGGAUGUGCGGGAGAACGUGGUCACUUACGACGACGAGGGGGGCGGAGAAGAAGACACUGAGGCCUUUGACAUCACCGCGUUGAGAAAUCCAUCCGCUGCGGAGGAGCUAAAGUACCGACGAGAUAUCAGACCGGAAGUGAAACUCACCCCCAGGCACCAGACGAUGUCCGCCCUGGAAAGUAUAGAUGUUCAGGAAUUUAUUAAGCAAAGACUGGCGGAAGCAGAUCUAGACCCAAGCGUCCCUCCUUAUGACUCUCUUCAGACCUAUGCCUAUGAAGGUCAGAGAUCAGAAGCUGGAUCUAUCAGCUCGCUAGAUUCAGCAACGACGCAAUCAGACCAGGAUUACCAGUACCUUGGAGACUGGGGACCUGAGUUUAAAAAGUUAGCUGAACUCUACGGAGAAAUGGAAUCUGAAAGAACAACUUAG